AUGAAGACAGGCUCAUUGAUUUGGAAAGUUCUCAAACUGCUCGCCAUUGCAGCCAAUGUGGCCCAGUCAUCCCAUACCCAUCUCAACCAUGUUCUACUCACCCUUGGGAAUCUGAUUCGCAUAUUCUCCAAACCUACAGAAGCUUUUGAUGAAGAUCUCUGGAACAGAAUCAUCAAGAGCAUUGAAAAGAGGUGGAAGAAAGCUGACCAGGAUAUUUUUAUAGUUGUGGUAUUCCUCAAUCCGUUUAUUCGAGACACACUUUUCAACAAGGAGUUCCUCAUGGAGGUGCAGCUCUACAACAUCAUGGAGAGGACCUAUGAGCGCAUUCUGCAGUGUGAGUCAAACCUUGACUUCUUAGAGGCUUUCAAGGAUUACAGGUGGUUGCGUGGUGAGUUUUCUGAUGAUGACAUGUCCCUAUCAUUGAUGAAGGAGAAGUUCACUCAUGAGGGUGCUCCACUUGACCUUCAGAAUAUAUGGGCUCAGAUCGACAAAGGAGUCAACUGUGGGCAAAAUGGGCUUGUCAAGCUCGCCGUACACAUUUUCUCUGUGAUUGCAAACUCAGCUGGCUGUGAACAUGUCUUUAGCAAAUUUGGGAUCACUCACACAAAGCUGCAUGACAAGCUCGAUCCAGAAAGGGUUCACAAGUUGGCUGUCAUUGGAAUGGAAGACUCCAGUAAGAUUCCUACUGGAUUCCAGGACUCCAGUAGGAUUCCCACUGGAUUUCAACAAUUCUUCCAAAAAAGGCAAUUUCCACCUAUUGGACUCCUAUUGGACUCCUAUUGGACUCCAACUGACUCCUACUGGACUCCUAUUGGACUCCAACUGACUCCAACUGGACUCCAACUGGACUCCAACUGA